AUGCCUCUGCAACUGAGCUUUCAAAUUCUGUUGCGUGCCUGGAUAUCUCUGCGAAGUCUCUUUAAAUUGUCGUUUUCAGUGACUAAUUUUGAGGACCUGGGAUGGGUAACCCCGGAAAUGGAGUUUGCAGAGGAAUUUAGUUCAAGAUCUGAGAGAUAACUAGUGGAUUUCUUGCACAAUCAAGGGGGGAGGAUUUUCUCCUGGUAAGCUGCGGAACAUGCUUUUAGGGAUUGAGAAGAAGAGAAAGGAAGAGGAAGAGCUGGAAUCGAGUUGCUCUUUGAGAUCUGAAGUUAGUGAGAUGGAUAACAGAGGUGCUAGUACUUCAGAGAAUUGCAAAGAUGUAGAUGUUCUUCCUGAAUGCACAAUCUCAAUAACGACAGCAGACACUUUAGCUUCUGAUAUGGCUAGUGAUCGUAGAUUAAAGGAACAUUCUUUAGCAAAUUCGAGAAUUAGAUCUCAAGAUGAUAGUUGUCCAGACUACGAAAGUGGGCACGAGAGUGUGAGUGUGUCCUCUAAUUUUGAGUUUCAGAAAGCUGAGAGAGCCUCUCACAGAGUGACCUUGGCGCCAUUCUCCAAACCUGCUCCUUCAAAGUGGGAUGACGCACAGAAAUGGAUUGCAAGCCCAACUUCAAACAGGCCUAAGAGUGGACAAUCUCUAGUGGCCGGUGUGCAGGUGGUUGGUUCUCGGAAAACUGGUUUGCUCGGGUAUGGAAGUCGGCAAGCAGCUACAAAGGUUGUCCAUGAAGUUCCAGAGCAAAGAUCAAUUGCUUUCGAAGAUGCAGAUACCAAACGUAUUGAUUCGAGUGAAUCUAAGAAGGAAGUGUGGGCACAGAAGUCUGUUAGUUGGAUGCCGGACACAUGUCCAGUUGCAGAUUCGUAUUCUAAGCCCGCACUUAUAAUGGAGAACUGUGUGUCAGACUCGGCGAUUAGCCUGAGCCAGCAUGAUUCAUCCAUAUCUGUCCUUGGCGCCACAACAUUUAUUGCACCUCCUCCCACAGUUAGGUCUGUGUCUAUGAGAGAUAUGGGUACAGAAAUGACUCCUAUUGCUAGCCAAGAGCCAUCCAGGACUGGAACUCCUGUGAGAGCAACAACACCAACGCGAAGCCCAUCUUCUUCUAGGCCCUCAACUCCUGGCCGAGUCACACCUGCUUCAUCACAUGUUGGUACAACUGAUUGCCAUCUAGAUCCUAACAAAGAAGAGGUGUCUGGGAAGGAACUACAAAUGAAAACUAGGAGAGAAAUAAUGGUUCUUGGAACUCAGCUUGGUAAGACAAAUAUUGCUACUUGGGCAAGCAGGGACGACGAGGACAAGGAUGCAUCUACUUCAUUUAAGAGUGUACCCAUGGAUCAACAAGCCAAAAGUGACAUUGAGAUCCGGGCAGCUGCUUGGGAGGAAGCAGAGAAAGCCAAGUAUAUGGCCAGGUACACACGUGAAGAAAUCAAAAUACAAGCAUGGGAAAAUCACCAAAGAGCGAAGACAGAGGCUGAGAUGAGUAAAAUUGAGGUUGAAGUGGAAAGGAUGAGGGGCCGAGCACAUGAUAAGUUGAUGAACAAGCUUGCAGCAGCAAGGCACAAAGCAGAAGAGAAUCGAGCAGCUGCUGAAGCGAAGAGAAGCCAACAAGCAGCAAAAACUGAGCAGCAAGCAGAGUACAUACGUAGAACUGGCCUUAUCCCAUCCUCUUUUUCCUGCUGUAAUUGGUGCGCUUGAAAUUCCUACCCUUAUUAUUCCUUGGAGCAGCCUUGGUCACUUUCACUAAUUUUUUUUCUUUUCUUUUGUAUUUUGUAUUUAACAUGCAUAUAUUAAUAUGAGCAUCAUAAUUAUAA